GGGCAGGCGAAAACCGUCUCUAAUUCGGACUUUGAUAGGAUGUCAAGUAUGGGGAGAGCAUUGUACAGUGUCGGAUUCUGGAUCCGGGAAACGGGUCAAGCACUUGAUCGUCUCGGUUGUCGCCUCCAAGGCAAAAAUCACUUCCGUGAACAACUCUCCAGGCACCGCACGCUGAUGAAUGUUUUUGACAAAUCCCCUAUUGUCGAUAAGGACGCUUUCGUGGCUCCUAGUGCUUCUAUCAUUGGUAAUGUCAAUGUCGGACCUGGCUCUUCCAUUUGGUAUGGAUGCGUCUUGAGAGGAGAUGCUAACAGCAUCAGUGUCGGAGCUGGUACCAAUAUCCAAGACAACACCCUCGUCCACGUUGCCAAGUCCAACUUAAGCGGCAAGGUCUUACCCACUCUCAUUGGUGACAAUGUCACUGUUGGCAAUAGUGCUGUUUUACAUGGCUGCACUGUCGACGACGAGGCCUACAUCGGUCCUAGUGCUACCGUCUUGGAUGGUGCUCAUGUUGAAAAACAUGCCAUCGUUGACUCUGGAGCUCUUGUCAGGCAGAACACUCGAAUUCCCUCCGGCGAGGUUUGGGGAGGGAAUCCUGCUAGAUUUCUGAGGAAGGUGACUGAAGAAGAAAGGGCCUUCUUCUCCAGUUCCGCUGUGGAUUACUCCAAGUUAGCUCAAGUUCACGCUGCAGAAAACGCGAAGAGCUUGGACGAGACUGACUUCAAGAAGCUUCUUUACAAGAAGAACGCUCGUGAUGCAGAAUAUGACUCACUAUUCAGUGAGAAUCUACCCAAAGCAGCUUGAGAGCCUUUACUUUUGCGCUGCCUUGUUGGAUUUGUAAAAGAAUGACAAAGUUCAUUUCCUGUUUCUCCAAUAAAGUUUACUUGCUACUUCAAGAAGAAGUUGUAACCUUUUCUUCUGAUUAUUUUUCUCUUAUAAAUUGUUUUGGAUCAACAGACAUUUCUCGUGCUGUUGUUUGAGGAUGACCUUUGGCUUUCACAUGCUCAUAUAGAGAUUGCUGUUAGGCCACUGCUUCUAUUGGUUUCGUAUCUUAGUCGUGCUGGUGAUUCUUCUGAUAACUGUGUUGCCUUUAUGUAAUGUAAUGGUUAUGUUUCUGA